CAAUUAUCAAGGAUGCUAUGGCACCUUAAAGUCAUGAUCACAUCUCAAACGCAGAUAGCGAGUUCCUGUGAGGACGUGCUCACUCUCCAUCUUAAGGCAACGGGGAACUCUGUUUUGUCAUAAAAAGAAAGAGAACCACUUCCGAGAUAAUUUCUGUGGCCAUGGCUGCUCGCAGGCUCUCCGUGCUUCUGUCUCGCUCUCUGUCUGUUUCUGGGUCUGCUUCUCUGCUUUUGUCUCGAGGAGCAACUUCUUGCCUUGGGAGAAGCAUCAGCAGGUUUAGCACUGCUUCAGCCGCCGAGGAAUUAAUCACUCCCCCUGUUCAAAUAACUUAUACCCAGAAUCUGAUUAAUGGGCAAUUUGUUGAUGCUGCAUCAGGAAAAAGCUUUCCAACAUAUGACCCUCGUACUGGGGAAGUGAUUGCCCAUGUUGCUGAAGGUGAUGCUGAAGAUAUCAACCGUGCUGUAGCUGCUGCCCGGAAGGCAUUUGAUGAGGGACCGUGGCCAAAGAUGACAGCUUAUGAAAGAUCACGGAUAUUGUUGCGAUUUGCUGAUUUGGUUGAGAAAAACACUGAAGAGCUUGCAGCUCUAGAGACAUGGAACAAUGGGAAGCCUUAUGAACAGGCUGCACAAGCUGAAUUGCCAAUGCUUGCUCGUCUAUUUCGCUACUAUGCUGGCUGGGCAGAUAAAAUCCAUGGACUAACAGUUCCGGCUGAUGGAGAUUAUCAUGUGCAAACAUUGCAUGAACCAAUUGGAGUUGCAGGACAAAUCAUUCCCUGGAACUUUCCUCUUCUCAUGUUUGCUUGGAAAGUUGGGCCUGCUCUAGCAUGCGGUAAUACUAUAGUCCUGAAGACAGCAGAGCAAACACCUUUGACUGCUCUCUAUGCGGCAAAUCUGUUCCAUGAGGCCGGUCUUCCUCCAGGCGUAUUAAAUAUUGUUUCUGGCUUUGGUCCAACUGCUGGUGCAGCUCUUGCCAGCCAUAUGGAUGUGGACAAGCUAGCUUUCACGGGAUCAACUGAUACUGGAAAAGUUGUACUUGAAUUGGCUGCAAGAAGCAAUCUUAAGCCUGUAACACUAGAGCUGGGAGGGAAGUCACCUUUCAUAGUAUGCGAGGAUGCUGAUAUCGAUAGGGCUGUGGAGAUUGCACACUUUGCUCUUUUCUUUAAUCAGGGGCAAUGUUGCUGUGCUGGUUCUCGUACAUAUGUACAUGAACGAAUCUAUGAUGAGUUCAUUGAGAAAUCAAAGGCACGUGCUACAAGACGUGUUGUAGGUGAUCCCUUCAAGAAGGGUGUGGAACAAGGUCCUCAGAUUGAUGCGGAGCAAUUUGAUAAAGUCCUUAGGUACAUAAGAUCUGGACUCCAAAGCAAUGCCACUCUUGAAUGUGGAGGUGACAGAUUAGGCUCCAAAGGCUACUUUAUUCAGCCCACUGUCUUCUCCAAUGUUCAGGAUGAUAUGUUGAUAGCAAAGGAUGAGAUCUUUGGCCCAGUUCAAUCCAUCUUGAAAUUCAAGGAUAUCGAUGAUGUAAUACGAAGGGCAAAUACAACGCGCUAUGGUCUAGCUGCAGGAGUUUUUACAAGAAGCUUGGACACUGCUAACACCUUGACCCGAGCACUAAGAGCUGGUACGGUAUGGGUUAAUUGCUUUGAUGUGUUUGAUGCUGCAAUUCCUUUUGGUGGGUACAAGAUGAGUGGCAUAGGCAGGGAGAAGGGAAUCUACAGCCUUCACAACUACCUGCAAGUCAAGGCUGUUGUUACUCCUUUGAAGAAGGCAGCAUGGUUGUAAGUAGUGUCUCUGUUCCACCAUAUUUCUGGUCUCACUUUUCGUGUUCUAAAUAAGGACAGCAUACAAGGUAGGCUUGUGGUUUAAGAUGCAGAGAGUAAUAGCUUCCUCAAGAAAGAUUCUUGGUACUUAACUGCCCCAAGGUUACCUUUGCAUCUUAGUCAAAUCUUACUGAUACCUUUGUAGUGCUGCAUUACAGUUUGAGUAAUGAUGUAUUUUAUUCUGUACAUGGUGUUGCACCUGUUUUCCGAAUGAAAUUUAAGAAAAGGUAAGAACCUUUACCACGGCGGCCAUUGAAUUGUGGCUAUCAGCCAUCUUCAAGGCAAUUUAGCUCUCUAAAA